AUGCAGCACAUUGACGGAUUUCAAACUACGGAUUCAUUCCGAUUUGAUCGGGAUACUUCGACAUCAUCCAUAUCUCUAUCAUCGUCUUCGGGCUAUGGAUCACGUUCAAGCUUAUUCUCCUCGUCCAAUCGACGAAAUGGUUUGACGAAAUAUUUCAAGGAGAAAAUAGCUCAACAUAAAAGUCUCGCUUCACUUAUCUUCUCAUCAAAAAUUAAUGUUAACACGGAUAGUCAAAUAGAAAUCUACGAAAGUGUAUGGAAUUUAGACGAACAAAUCGAUAAAUUACGUUCACAACUUGAUCAUCAAGCCAGUUUCGAUACUCAGUCGAUUAUAUCAAUGUCAGUGGAUGAAUACGAACAAGAAUCAAUGACAAACGACGAGGAACUAUUGUCGCUUGCCGCUUGGUAUCAAGAAGGCCUACCGCGCGAUAUCUGCGAAGAAUAUUUAAACAAUGAUCAGAAACCAAUUGGUUCAUUUUUGAUUCGCCAUAGUUACACUUAUCGACAACAUCCAUUUGUUUUAUCUUUGAAAACAACGUCGUCAUCUGUUGAACAUUUUCUUAUUGAACGAACAAUUAAUCAUGAUGGCUAUCGUUUACAAGGGUCAUUAAAAACAUUUCCUAAUUUAAGUACGCUUGUUCUUCAUCAUACGAUCGUGCCGGAUAUCCUUCCUGUUACACUCGUAUUACCACUUAUACAUUCAUCAUUGACACCUCUUCAUCAUAUCAAUCAACAGCGUUCAUCAAACGUUAUUCGUUCUGUGCGAUUCUAG